AUGGGGCAACUUUUUAGCCUCAUAGCUCAGUACCUCUUCCCAAAUAAGGAGUACAAGAUAGUGAUGGUUGGCCUGGACAAUGCCGGCAAGACAACCACAUUAUACAGGCUCCACUUAGGGGAAGCAGUAGUCACACAGCCCACCGUGGGAAGCAAUGUGGAGUGUGUGCAAUACAAAAACCUCAAAUUUGAGGUGUGGGACUUAGGCGGGCAGGCGAACUUGAGGCCCUCAUGGGCCACGUACUACAGAUCAACAGAUGCAGUCAUUGUUGUGAUAGACAGCACUGACAGGGCACGAGCCUCCAUAGCAAAGAAUGAGCUGUUCAACCUUCUGGACCACGAACACUUGGCAGAGGCGGCCAUCCUCAUAAUGGCCAACAAGCAGGACUUGAAGGAUGCCAUGACCGUCAAGGAGAUGAGCGAUGUCCUGGCGCUGCACAGCAUCAAGCGCCAUGAUUGGCACAUACAGGCCGCGUGCGCAAAGACUGGGGAGGGGCUUAUGGAGGGCAUGGAGUGGAUUGCGCAGAGGGUGAAGGGGGAGGCAGCUUCGACCACCCCCUUGGCGUCGCCAACACCCAGCCCUGCAAAGCCCCUGGCUCCACAGAUGCGAGCCUGAGAUUUGCAGCACAGCUCUUUCGAGACAGGUUGGACUGGCUUGCGGAGGAGGCCUGAAUAAACAUGCACACACCAUAGAGACUGCACAUACCGCCUUUGAGCACCGCUUCUGCUGCUGCGCUGCAAGCCGUCUUGUUGUGGGCAACGAAUGGUCAUGGGUAUAUAAAUAAGAAAGGAGUGCUACGGUACCAAAGAAGGUCUCGCGCGGCUAAGGAUGGCCUUGUAUCUAUGGGGUUGCAUGCACGAGAAAGUUGGACGUGCUACUGUGUAGUGCAUCUCUGCCAACUUACUCUGUGCAGGGAGAGACACUUUGCCAAGGGCUACGCAAUAAGUAUGACAGUGCCAAGCUUGAUUCUAAGAGUACUGCAGGAUAUCCAGCUGGUCAGUUGUAGGUGCACCCAGUGAAAGAGUAGGCUGUGCCACAGUUGUAUAUUAUAUGUUGACAAAUACGCAAGAAUAUAUCAAGGAGAUUUGUGCGGCAAGCGAUAGUGUCCCCACUGCAUAUUUUCUCCGGCACAGCGCUUAG